AUGGCAAUCCUGUUGGAGAAGAGAGUGCAUCUUCCUCAUGAACUGAUAAUCGAAAUCCUCUUGAGAUUGCCGGUGAAGACUCUAUUACGUUGCAAGUGCGUCUGUAAAACAUGGCUCUCUCUCAUCUCUAAUCCCGAUUUUGCUACUCGCCAUUUUCAACUUGCUGCCUCACCCACAGAUAGACUUGUCGUAAUCACACACAACUAUCCUUGUAAAUUCCUAUCCAUAGAUUUUGAUGCACCUCUUAACCAUCCUUCUGCUUAUGCUUCUCUGAACUUUGAUUUUUUGACCCGAGGUUGUGCUGAAAUUGGAGGUUCCUGUCGAGGAUUUUUGUUUUUGCACAUUUCCACUGAUUUCUACAUUUGGAAUCCAUCCACAGGUUUCCACAAACAAAUACCUGCCUCUCCCAUAACCAUUCAUGGUAGUUCCAUGUCUAUGUGGGACUUUUCCAUGUUUAUGUAUGGCUUUGGAUACGACUCGUUAAGGGAUGAUUACUUGGUAGUUUUCGGGUACUACCUACACAGUGAUUCUAGUUCCAUUGACUUUGAGAUUUUCUCAUUGAGGGAUAAUAAAUGGAAACUAAUUCCGGGUGAUUCUCUUUUACCUUAUGCUUCAUCUGGACUAUGUUUUGAAGUCGGGUUGUUUCUCAAUGGGGCUCUUUAUUGGCAUGUUGUUAAUCACGAGAUCUCUAAGGAUGUUAUUAUUGCCUUUGAUUUAGAGGAAAUGGUUAUCACUGAGAUACGUCUGCCAGAUGAAUUUUGUCAUCCUAUAGAUCAUAAUUUGAUGGUGUUUGGCGGACUUAUCGGUGUAUGGUUUAGAGAGAUGGAUACAUUUAGUUUAUGGGUGAUGCAAGAUAAUGAAGGGCAUUCAUCUUGGACUAAGACUCUUGUUUUUGACAUACUCCCUGCUCUAUGGUUUUGCCCGGUAUGUCUUACAAAUUGUGGUGAUAUAGUUGGAACAAAUAACUCUGAUCGAUUGGUGAAGAUUAAUAACAAAGGACAGCUCCUAGAGGAGCAUCGCUCUGAUCAUAUCUGUUACUCAUAUAGAUCCCAAAUGGUUGUGUAUACAGAGUCUCUGUUUUCACUUCCUGGUGAUACCGAGCAAGCUUAA